UACUUUUAUUUUGCAGUUCAGCGGUUCAGCCCCCUCAAGUCGAGGUCGAGGUACUCCGCCUCCGCAAUGCCGCCCCCUUCCGCCUCCGCCUCCCCCUCCGCCUCCCGCUUCGCGAAGCACUGGAUAGCUGACGUCCUCGCCGGCGAAGAAUCCGUCGACUUCUCCCUGCUCAAGGUUCUGGUGGGGGCCUCGUCGAAGCCCCUCGCGGGCGCCCCGGAGGCCACGCGUGAGCGGGUCGCGCUCCGGUCCAUUCAGGAGGUGUUGUCCGUGAUAGCCGCUGGGGGUGAUGCCGCGGCCACGGCGGGGGUGCUUAGUGUUGAUGGCGCCCGGUCAUGCGAGGAUGGGCUGUUUCGGCUUAUCAGAGAGGUUGGAAGUUUCGGAGAAUUGGAGAAGGAUUUGCUUCCACCUUUCAGUCAAGACAUCCAGGAAAAUAUAUGUACCAAGAAGUUUACAUUACCAGGAAUUUCUUUCCAGUUGCUAGAAAGAGUUGAGCCAUGGAUAGCAUCUAUGGCCCCACAACCCCAAAUGGAACACAAUGGCACUGAACAAUGUGUCAAUGAUCAGUCACUGCGCAGCAGCCACGGAUGUGUAAAUAUAGAGAAGCCUGUGUUCCAUACAGACAAUGCUGGGGUUCAGCAAGAGACCAUGGCAGAUGUAGUCAAUGAAAGUGAAACAGGAAAUCUCCAAAAGGAUCCACCUGCACCAACUUUUAUUUUUCACCAACCGUGUAUGCCUGAAAGCAGGUCUUACGUCCCUCCGCAAGAAGAUACUAUAGAUGCUGUUGGUCUAGGCGCUAGGUCCUCAGAAAGGAGUCCUAUUGUGGAGGGGAACAUGUCCGUUGGAUCUGUGCUUGCUUCAGAUGGCUGUGAUGUACCUUUGCAGGGAAGCAUUACUGAGCCCUUUUUCCAGCAGGAUAAACAUGACCAUACUGUUAUAGUUGGACCAAAAUCUUGUAAGCGAAAAUCUCCAAUUCCAUCUUACUGUGCUCAUGGAGAUGGGGCAGAUGGUGGUGGCUCCAGCAAUCAGUCAUCUAAGGUUUCCAUUCGUGAAGGACCUAGCACUCAUGCCACAGUAACUUCAGGUUUUGACAGAAUCAGCGAUGUCUUACCAACAGAUGCACCUGAAUCUGAGCAUUUGCCUGAGUGCAUAACUGCACAGGAUACAACCAUUUCACAGCCUGACAGCAGGAAAGCUCAUUUGAGUGCUCUGCAACAGGAAAGGGGUGAGAAAGUAACCCAAGAUCUGGAAGAUAUCUCUGCAAAUAUUGGGUCAGUGGAAAAGGACCAUAUUCAUGGGGAUCUGACUUUGCCAUCUGCCAGUGUUUUACUUUCUAUAAGCUGCAAUGGUGCUAAUCAAGGAAGUAAAUAUGAAACCAACCUUCAACCAGGGACUGCUACAGAGGAUAUGAUGGCUUUCGAAGAGCAGAAUGCAGACAAGUCUCACUUAGAAGUCAGUGGUAUCAACAAGGCUAAUCAAGCUCUGCAUGAUGAUGGCGGCGUCAUGAAAAAUAAUACAGUACAUGGUGGGUUGAUUGUGCAGACUGCUCCAGUGUCUCAAAAUUGCAAUGUAACCUUACAUGAUAAAACUUCAGAGCAGGAAAAUGAAAAGAACAUUCAAAAAGAUAAUUGCCAUACUUAUGUUCCAGGCUCUUCUCAGGAUAGGGGUGGAGAAAGUGCAAAGAAAACAACAAAUGAACUAAAGUCUGGGGACAUUUCUUCAAAAAUAUGUGUUCAUUUCAAUGUUCAAGACAUCAAUGAUACUCUGGAGGACUUGUCUCAACAAGGUUUGUGCAUAAAAUGUGGUGAAGGUGGUCAGUUGUUGGAAUGCAAUGGCUGUUUUUUAGCCGCCCAUAGCAGCUGUUUUGGUUCAUCGGCGACAUUUGAAGGAACCAAUUUUUUCUACUGCCCGGUAUGCUUGUAUAAGAAAGCCACUGAAGCAUAUAAAAAGGCAAAGAAAACAUAUUGUGAAACUAGGAAGAACCUUGUUGCUUUCCUUGGCACAGCACAAGCCACCAAUCAACCUGACAAACAACUAAAUGGAGCUCAGCCAGGAGCUGCCAACAGAGAUGAAGAGCCUCAUGAUGAGCAACAUUCUAAAGGGUGUGGCGCAUCAAAAGGGGCCCAUGAAAAUGAAGUAUACAAUCUUGCUCAUCAGGAUGAAGAGCAUCAUCAGCAGAGGAAGAAGCAGAAAAUAAAUGCUAUAGUGCUCCAGAAUAACAAUAAAACACCAGUUAAGGAUCCAGAGAAAAAGCAGCAAGCGGUCAACGAAGAAGCUCGCAAAGAAGGUGGUAAUGACAACUCAUCUCAUGAAACAGGAGCUUCAUCUCCGAGAAGAUGUGAUCCUCCUUCGAAUCAGGACGUUGAGGCUGACCAGGACGAUAGCCUUACAACUUCUAAUCAAUCUGGUGGUUCUGAUGAAAUAGAAGCUACAUCUUCUAAUGACUCUGCCAAGCAAUCAUCACCCCCUUGGCGUGGUAUGGGACACAACAAAAAAGGAUUGCACGAAAAGGAGCCAGCUGUAUCAAGUAAAUCUGGAAAAGGUAUUGGGAAACAGGAUCAACAUAUGCAUACUUCACGAAGGAAAAAAAAAAUGCACACCUGCAAAAGCGCUAUUCCAAUCCUGUUGCGCCACCUGGAAGACGCAAACAACUCUGUUGGACAGAAAAAGAAGUAGCUAUUUUGAGGGAUGGGAUGGCAAAAUUCUCUCCACAUAAUAAUGGUAAAAUACCAUGGACCCAGAUACUGCAAUAUGGCCGUCGUGUGUUUCACAAGACGCGCCUGCCAUGUGAUUUGAGGGUCAAGUGGAGGAACAUGGAGAGGAAGAAGUGGGCAGGCUACUGAUGCUGGCAAUCUUACACACAGACACACACACACACACAACUGUUGUGUGUCAUACUGAAUUACUAACCACACCUUCAUUUGUUUGUGUCCAUCUGCAGAUCUGAUGCCGUCGACAUGGAACACUGAUGUGGUACUAGAACAUAGCGGAACACUGAUAUGGUACUAAUAGCGAAUGGAGGAGGGUUUCUUCUAAAAUAGUAUUUUGAUGCACAGGGUGGGCAUCCUUUUGUGACUGGUUGUGUCAACCUAGACCUACUAUGCCCGUGAGAGAGAUUGCUAAAGAGUCAACUUUCUUUUGGAACUGAACCCUGCACUCUAGAUGAUGAUAACAUCCGGUAGCUGUGUUUCUUAAGGCAACUGUGUGUGUUUCAUCCGGCAGCUGCCAGUGCCUCGCCCAAUGUUCUCGAAUGAGGUAGGCGUCGUAUGCUCUAAACACAUCACGAAUAAUUUCUUCCAGCGUGUUUUCUUCUUCUUCAUCUUUUUAGUGAACGCAACCUUGUAAGUCACGUUGCAGAAGCUAUAAAAACAGUUAGUGAAACCUUUAACCGUAGAAAUGAAAUACCCUAUAAGCAUUGCACGCUC